AUGUCUUCGGCUGUAGCGGAACUGGAGAGUAUUCUCCAGUCCAUGCUGGCUUUGAAGCCUCCUGGAGUCUCUGGCUCCAAGAUACAAAGCAUCACCACACUUUGCACAGCAAACGUUCAGAACGAGUCUGUUCUCAUUCAGAAAAUCUAUACCCACUUCAAAAAAGCACCUGGUACACACAAGCUUGGAGUACUCUACGUCGUAGACUCUGUAACUCGACAAUGGAUCGAUGCUGCUCGCAAGGUUGCACAGCCUCUUGGUAGCAAUGCCCCCGAUGGUACAUUCGCAGCUGGAGUGAACAGAGUGACUGAGCUUCUCCCCGUUCUUAUGACGGACAUUAUAUCCAGUGCCCCCCAUGACCAAAAGGAAAAGAUCAAGAAGCUCCUCGAUAUCUGGGCUCGCGGCCAGACCUUCCCAGCUAGUCUUCUAGACUCGUUCCGUGAGAAGCUCAAUUCUUCUCAAAAUGACACCACGACUCCCACAGGAUCUCCCCCACUGCCGGCCGAGCAAUUCGCAGGAGCUGCGCAGCCUGUCAACGGUGCCGCCGCACCCGAUACCUCCAGCAUUCUGAAAGCUUUGGCAGACAUGGCCAAACAGAACACCGCCGCCCCAGUCGCUCCUCCUGUCGUUAACCCGCUCGCAGCAUUCACCCCUGCUGUCCCGCAGCCCGUUCCGUCUGCCGAUUCUACCUCGCUACCCGCCGCAAAUCCAUAUGCUGCUGUCAACACAAUGGCGGGCCCUUUCGCUGCCAUGGGUUUGGGUCAAGCACAGAACCAGGGCGUACCCCCGAAUCCCCUGACUGCAGCCGCUCAAAAUCCCCUUGCUGCAAUGCUUCCCCAAGCAGCUGCCGGUGCGAUGCCGGAUGCAAAUGCCAUGGCCCAGCAGCUUCAACUCCUACAGAUGCUUGCUAGUCAGGGGAUUCCUCAGGACCAGUGGGCUGCUGCUCUGCAAAUUUUCAGCAUGACAAACUCCAUGGGUGGCGCUCAGAUUCCUGGUCAGAUGCCUAACUUCAACCCCUUGCAAGGACAGGCACCCGUGGCCUGGCCUUCUCUUGAAGGUCAGAACGAGCGUUCUCAGGAUCGUGACCGCGAGUACAACCGCUCCCCCGGCGGCUAUCGCCGCCGUUCUCGCUCACCUGGCUGGGACCGCCGUCGUGCCGCUUCGCCUCCCCGCCGUCGCGAGAGCCCCGUCUAUGGAGAAUACGGUGACUCUCCUGGACGUCGUGGAGGCCGUCGAGGUAAUGAAUAUCGCCAACGCAGUCCUGUUGGCCGUCGACGUCUGUCCGCUUCUCCUCAACAAAAAGACCCCAACCUGCCUCCCCCUGGUCCUAAGUUCAUCGAGUGGGACUAUUCUAUCGGUCAGGGCUGCAUUAAGGUCCUGAGCCGAACACUCUUUGUUGGUGGUGUGACAUCAAGCGAGGAGAACCUCCGUGCACUUUUCAACCAAUUUGGUCUUGUCCAAACUUGCAUUGUCAAUAACGAAAAGCGUCAUGCUUUCAUCAAGAUGAUCAGCCGUCAGGAUGCGAUUGCCGCCCGCGACGGCAUGGAGACAUACCGCUCGAGCGAGAUGCAGCUGCGUACCCGCUGGGGUGUCGGUUUCGGCCCUCGUGACUGCAGUGACUACCAAACUGGUGUCAGUGUGAUCCCCAUUCACCGUCUUACCGAGGCUGACACAAAGUGGAUGCUUAAUGCCGAGUACGGUGGAACUGGCGGUCGCACCAUCGAGUCUGGCAUGGUUGUCGAGGAGCCCGACAUUGAAAUCGGCGCAGGUGUGUCUUCCAAGGCCAUCAGCCGACGCAUCGCAACCGACACUGGCGGCCGUCGUGGCCCCAUCUCCACCCGUCAGCCCAACGACCGCGGCUUUGGUGGCAACCAGAACGACCGUGGCUUUGGCAACCAGACCAAUGAUCGCGGCUUCGGAGGUGGUAACGAUCGCUUCGGCGGUGCUCGUCGUCAGGAUCGUGGCAACUACGAUGCACCUGCUGGCAACCCCGGUGGCCGUGGCACUCCUGACAUGAACGCCAACAACCCAAGUGUCCCCCCUCCCGUUCCCGCUUACGGUUUUAACUUCCCCGGAAUGCCCAUGCUACCUCCCGGUUUCAUGAUGGGCGGUGCUCAGGCCGCCAUGCCCAGCACCCAAGCCCCGGCUCCCGGCCAGGGCAAUUAA